AUGAGAUCCCAAUUCAAAGACGAGCACCCUUUUGAGCGUAGAAAGGCAGAGGCUUCUAGGAUCAGAGGCAAGUUUCUAGACAGGAUUCCAGUCAUUUGUGAGAAGGUCGAAGAGAGCGACAUCCCUGAAAUUGAUAAGCGCAAAUAUCUGGUUCCGUCCGAUUUAACCGUGGGCCAGUUUGUUUACGUGAUUAGAAAGAGAAUUCAGCUGCCAUCAGAGAAAGCCAUUUUCAUCUUUGUGAACGAUAUACUCCCCCCAACAGCGUCGCUAAUGAGUACGAUCUACGAACAAUAUAAAGAUGAAGACGGGUUCUUGUAUAUUCUAUACAGCGGAGAGAACACGUUUGGACAGUUGGAAGGCGUCGAGGAAAUGCUUUAG